AUGAGAAAAUUAAUCAGAAAAAGAUACAGAAAAAAAUUAAAAAAAGCAUCCAACCGCUAUAUCCCAUAUGGUAAAUAUAAAGGCAAAACAUAUAUAUAUGUUGAAGGAGAAGAAACAGAUGAUUAUCUUCGUGAUAUAUCUUCCUCUGAUAUUACUUCAUCUUCUGAAAGCGAGUAUGAAGAACUGGAUAUUAAUGAUAUAUAUCCAUAUAAAUCACCUAAAUAUAAAACUUUAAUUGAAGUUGUACUAAAACCUAGUACAAAUAAUAAUGUACAAGAUAAUUAUACAGAUGAUGUGAAAAAUAAUAGUGAUAAACCCACCGAUAAAUUUACUGAGGAAGAAUGGAAUGAAUUAAAAAAGGAUUUUAUAUCCCAAUAUUUACAAAAUAUACCAAAGGAUUUACCUAAUGAAAAUAUCAUUGAUGAUAAGAUCUAUAUGGAUACACAACCUAACAUUGUUGAUAGUAGUAUGGAAGAAAAACCUUUUAUUACAUCCAUUCAAGAUAGAUUUCUUGAUAAUAUUGGACAAGAUAUUACUUAUAAUAUUAAUUGGAAUAUACCAAAAAAUAUUAGAACUAAUACUACAGAUGUUCCAAAAUAUGUUACAUCAAACGACAAAUAUUCUGGAAUUGAUCUAAUUAAUGAUUCUUUAAAUAGUGGUAAUGAUAUUGAUAUAUAUGAUGAGUUACUCAAACGAAAAGAAAAUGAAUUAUAUGGAACAAAAUAUACGAAAAAAACAAAUUCCUAUAUUUUUGCAAAACCAAUAAGUGGUGAUCCUAUAAGUAAUCAAAUAGAUCUAUUUCAUAAAUGGUUAGAGAGACAUAGAAAUAUGUUCAACCAAUGGAAUAAUAAAGAAGAAAUCUUAAGUAAAUUGAAUGACGAGUGGAAUAACGAAAAUAAAGAACAUAUAUUUGAUAUACCACCAUCAACUCAUGAUGAUAUUAAUAAAAUUAAUGAUGAAAAUUAUAAUAUAAUUUAUACAAACACACAUGAUGGUGAUGACAAAAUAUCUCUUGAACAUCUUGGAUCAACAAAUAUUUCACCCAAUGAUCUUCCAACGCAAAAUAAUGAUUCUCAAAGACAAAAUUUACGCACAAAUAUAUCUAUGGAUAUACUUAUGGACGAAAAUAAUGAUAUAACAAAUGAAGAUGAUCAGUUCGAAAAUAUGUACAAUUUUUGA